UCUCGGCGGGCGAAUUUGAAAAAAAGAGUAGCUAUUUUUCUUUCAUCUGGCAAGGCGCGCAGAAACACGAUAGACGUUUUCUUGUUUAUCUAAUUUCUGGUUUAUAAUAAACAGAAAACAUUGAUGCAUGCACCGAACAUUUUGUAACUGAACAGUGUUAGGACCUAUUUUUACAGUCUCUGGUUAGGACUUAUUUGUCCGACUUGCGCCCUGUCAGGUUCCCUGCCUUGGCUAAAUGGCUAGGUAGAUAUUUUAGCAAGCGUUAGCUAACACUCCGUUUUUCUGCAUAGUUUUGCAUGGUAGCUACCUCCAACCUUGAGUAGCAGGAUUUUUGGAAGUUAAGAGAAUCAAGAUGAGCAACCGGACUAUACGACUAUCGUUGGUGGAGCAAGGGAAUCAUAAAGAAGAUUCAGAUUAUGACAGCCCGCAUCAAAGAAGGCGAUCGCCGAGACUGUGUACUACUACAAUCAGCAGUCAAAACGUGAUGGAGUUCAACAAUGAGAAUGUGCACAGUGUAGUCCCUGCUGUGAAGCGCUCCAUUACCGUGAGGAAGAUCGUUCCGAGGAAGACUCAGGUGGCUGGAACUCCUGGCCAAUCAGUGCGCCGUAGUCCUAGAGUUUCUGCAGAGUGCAACAAGGAGAAUGCCAAUAGGCUGUCAGGACCAAAGUGGGAGCAACCGAAAGUGUCCACCUCCACGCCCGCUGCCGCCCCUCCGCCGAAACCCGCCGUUCUGUCGCCGAUCCUGGCUUCCGCCGACCCCCCUCCCGAGCAGCGGCGGGACACCGCGAGCCUCGAGUGGUCUCAGAAAGUGCGGCGCUCGUACAGCCGUUCGAGCGCCGGGGACCGCUCCUUCGAGGCCUCCCCGGCCCCCACGCCGUCGUCCCCGCCGCCCUGUCGCCGGGAAACCCUCUUCGGCUUCGAGCAGCUCCAGACCCCCACGGUGGCGGGCGGGAGGGCCGAGCGGUCGCGGCUGGGGGCGGGGGCGCCCUCGGAAAACUCGCUGUCCGUGUGCGGGGGCUCCUUCUCGCUGCAGGAGGGGAACGGCAGCGUGGCCGACUCACCAGAGUGUGACGUGAACAUCCCCGGGGUGGUGCUGGUGAAGGAGAAGAGGAAGAGGAGGAAGGUGCAGCAGAUUAAGAUGUCAGAGUUUGACUUUCUAGCUGCACAAAUGAAUGCAGAAUUUGACGAGGCAGAGAGCUUUGACUUGGUGGUGGAGUGAUGGGAGAAAGGGAGAAAGGGGAGGAGAGCUCUGCGCGCGGUUUUGAUCGAUGAGGACCUCUACGAGCAUUAACCCAGCCCAUCUGGAUGCAGAGACGACACAUCUCAGAUGGGUGUGAGGGACGGAUUGCUGACAAGAACUUUGGGGAACUGCAACAGAUCCUAUCCUGGAAUAAUAAAAACAGCCUUUCUAAUUCAUACAUAAAUCAGGAAUUAAAUAUGUUUUAUGG